AUGGGAUUAGGUUGGGCGGCGAAUCAACAAUGCAGAAGGUGGACGACAAGUCGUGUACGUGGAGCAACUCUUCUGUGUUGCAUGUUCUUAUUCUUCUUCACUCCCGCAAUCCCUCGCUCUCCCAAGCACCACCAAUUCGUUGACAUGCGCAAUCUUCUUGGAGUACCCAACACGUUGAAUGUGAUUACGAAUUUCCCGUUCUUAGUUGUGGGGGUCCUGGGCCUUGUUCUUGCCAUCGAAGGAGGUUUCUUCAACAUAAGUUCCCGAGGAGAGGUUUGGACGUGGGCACUGUUCUACGCUGGAAUAGCUGGGGUGGCUUUUGGCUCUGCUUAUUACCAUUUAAAACCCGAUGAUCAUCGUGUGUUGUGGGACACUUUACCGAUGAUGGUGGCCUUCUCCUCACUUUUCUCUUGUUUGGUUGUCGAGAGAUUUGGCCAAAGGACUGGGCUGUGUUGUGUGUUUGCACUCAUUGUUGCUGCAUUUCUAUGUGUAGUUUAUGAACGAAUUUAUAAUGAUAUUCGGUUCUGCGUGACAUUCCAGUUGAUUCUACCUCUAGCAAUUCCAGUAAUAGCAGUCAUGUACCGCUCCAAAUAUACUCACUCAAGAUAUUGGUUUUUGUCUACAGGGAUUUAUCUGCUAGCAAAAUUUGAAGGUAUUACUGACAAGAAAAUAUACCAUGUAAAUAACUACAUCAUCAGUGGGCAUUCUUUGGAACACUUGUGCUUGGCACUGAUCCCAACUUUACUCAGCUUAAUGCUCAUCUACAGGGAACCUAAGUUUCAAAGAGUAGUUGAUGUUAAAGACCGACCUUGA